CCUUAUCCGGACACGACCCCUCCCCGCGCACAAAUCGCAACGCCCAGGCUGUGACGUAGGCUCUUUCGUUGGUGUUGAAAAGCCGUUGCAGUUCUUCAUAGUGCCAUUGAAGUGAGUCAUCUGUAGGAAGUGUGGUAAAAAGGAAAAGAGAAAAAAAAGUUAGAACUGUUCCGUGAACAGCACAUAGCUCAGAUAGAGUAGCGAAGUAUUCCGCAGAUUAGCGACUGUUAACCUGCGUGAGUCACUCUUAAUACAGGCUCACUUGUCUCAACUGGAUUUGACUUUAGGUUCAAGUUUGCGCACCUGAGAGGAUCUAUAGCGUAGUUACCUGAAUAAUAAAAAGCAUUAUUAAAAAUAAGAAACAGGAAGCACAGGAGGAAAUAUCUAAAUAGCAAUAUCUGAACGAUGUUGUAGGUGAGUUUAGAGGAGCACCUAUUUCCAACUAUUCUCUGGAUAUCCCAAAUUAACAACAAGUCAGAGGAUUUUUUUCUUCUUCUGUUGGUGCCUUUUUUCUGCGAGGAUUUAAAAAAAGGGGGGGUUUCAGAUUCAAACAGUCUGCUGAAAUCUUCCCUCCUCCCUGGACCAUGUACCAGGACUACUCCGGGAACUACGACACGUCGUCCCGCGGCAGCAGCACCUCUCCGGCCCAACAGGAGUCCUUCACGAGCGGCAGCAGCACGAUCGGAAGUCCGAUCUCUACCUCAAGCUACCAGAUUGUAAUUGCAUACUCUUGGGGGGAAAACGUUUGAACCCAAUGACGUCGGUGACUCAACAAAUGCAACACUCGAUGUAUUCACAAAAGUACAGGGUCGACAUGCCCGGCUCUAACAGUGCCUUCAUCCCCACCAUCAAUGCAAUCACCACCAGCCAGGACCUGCAGUGGAUGGUGCAGCCCACCGUCAUCACCUCCAUGUCCAACCCGUACUCCCGCUCCCACCCGUACGGCCAUCACAUGCCCAACGGCCCGGGGAUGCUGGGACACAACACGUUGGCCCGGCCCGGGGUCAUCCGCUCCAUCGGGGACGCCAGGGGCCGACGCAAGAGAGAUGAACAGCUGACCCCGGAGGAAGAGGAGAAACGGAGAGUAAGGCGUGAGAGGAAUAAGUUAGCCGCCGCCAAAUGCCGCAAUCGCAGACGGGAGCUCACAGACAUGCUGCAAGGGGAGACUGAGAAGCUGGAGGAGGAGAAAGCCGACUUGCAGAAGGAGAUCGAGGGCCUGCAGAAGGAGAAGGACAAGCUGGAGUUCAUGCUGGUCGCCCACAACCCCGUGUGCAAGGUCUCCAUCGACGAUUGCCACCCGUCGUCGGGGCACCAGCAGCACUCGCAUCACCAGCAGUGCGCCCCCCUCCCACUGACCAUGCGCUCCAACAUGGGCCCCCGGGCUCAUAACAAUCACGUGGUAGUGAAGCAGGAGCCGGACGACCGUGUGGACAAGCCCCAGCGCUCCGUCAUCAAGCCCAUCUGCCUGGGCGGAGGCGUCAUCAGCGGAGGCAUGUAUUGCACAGAUGGAGACAGCCUGAACACGCCGGUGGUGGGGGCGUCCACCCCGGCCGCCACGCCCAACGCGCCCAGCCUCAUAUUCACCUACCCGAGCAUGCUGGAACCCGAGAGCCCCUCGCCCUCCUCCGAGUCCUGCUCCAAGGCCCACCGGCGGAGCAGCAGCAGCGGGGAUCAGUCCUCAGACUCCCUCAACUCCCCCACCCUCCUGGCCCUCUGAGCGGGGGGGUUUUGCUCGGCUCAGCUGAGAAACAAACACUGUGGCUGACGGCAACAUGAGAAUCAACUGCCGCCCCUCCACCCCCUUUCAGUGUCUUUUAAAGACCCAUAAGCACAUUCAAAAGUCCAGACCAAGAUGACCAUGUGAGCCGUUCUCCGCAUGGAUUCCCACAAGGGCUACGCCACGUGUUUCUUCUUUUUCUGCUUCACUGUAAAAAAUAUAUAUAUUUGUAAAGAGUGUGUGCAUCAACCCCAUAAAAGUGUCAUCUCUUUGCCAUUUCAACUCCAGAGUGUCGGCUUGUUUACUGGGAAGACGAAAAAUAAAGAAGGACUUGCCUAAAUCUCGGAAUCGUGAGAGCGCGUUCGUAAUAUAUUUUUUUGAAAAUGUUUAAAAAGCCAUGUGUCCGACACUUGCACUCUGCCAAGACGAAUCAAUAAAUCACUAAACGAGGUCAGUGUUCCACUGGAAUUUCUACUUGAGGAGAGAAAGAGACUUCCUCUCAUCUCCUUUUCCAUUUAGAUUUGUCAGUUCGUAACUUGGACCUUGAUUCAGGAAUCACUACUUAGUGUGUACACAUUUCUGACGCUAUAUCCAUCUUUUUAUUGUAUUUAUGGCCUGUGCUGAUAACAUUUGACAUAGUGUUUUGUUGAGACAUUGUCCUCUCCUUAAUCUGCCUGUAGAAAAGCAAAACGGUCAUCCUCACGGUUGUCAAAGCCCUCCUCAGUGUUGCAAAGGAUACGAGCCAACUUUCAAUCAAUGAACAGUUCUUCAAUACUCUUCUAUACCUUCUAUGUUGCCAUGGUGGCUUGACUUUACAGUAUUGGUGUGCUUUUCCUCAGUGAUUCUGUACCUGAACUUUACAACCUGUUAAUGGCAAAGUGUAUGUGAUUGACAUUGAUGUCAGGGAUAUCUCUCAUGUGUAGUAGAACCCCAUCGUGAAGAACGUUGCACAUUGUGUCACAUCGAGAACGUCUCUGAACGAACCCCUCCUACGCUGGAUUCUUUCUGACCUUGUUUCUGUGUUUCUCUAAAUAAAAGGUCUUACCUAUUUUUCAACACCGCCUCUCAGGGCAGGUCAGGUUUCAAAAAGCCAAAAAAGUUGUGUUUGAUACAUCCUGUAAUUCGUCCGUCUUUGUCUGAAAGGAGGGUUUUUUGCUCAAAUCGAAAAAAGCCACUGUGGUCUAGACUGUCGCCAGCUGCCAAUGAUGUCAACCCUGUUUAUACUGUGUUUGUAAAUCUGUCACUUUUAGUAAAGAAAUUAUGUUUAAAUUUAAGUCAGAUGUGCUGAUUUACGGGUGUAUGAACAUAUGCCAACAUCGAGGUACUCUGUGGAGACUUAGUGGAAGCCGUGUUGGCUUUAAACAAAUGGGCCAGACGUGGUUCACUUUUUGAAAAAAAGGAAGGGAAAAAUAGGAAAACUCUUUUUACAGCUGGCCUGGGAUGAAAGAGGGGACACCUUUUGAAGUUCUAUGAAGCACUUCUUUUUCAUUAUUUUGUAUUACGUGUGUAUCUCAAAGGGAUGAGGGUUUUCAAAACUGUGCACUGAGAAAGACACAACAGCGAUAUUUGGGACUUUUUUUGUUUACUUCAAACAUUCCUAAUGAAUUUAAUGUCAAGGGUCAAAUGGGGGUGUCAUAUUUUCCAAUCCUUUUUGUUAUCAGAUGAUUAAAAGUUGUGGAUGGAAGAAUUUUGUUGUGCUGGAUGCAGAAAACGGACUUUGCAAUUCAAUACAAGCUGCUGCUACAUGGGAAAGAUCGGCUGUUUAUCUUUUUGAUGGGUUUAACAUCGCACAGAUGUGGAAUAUUUGUUCCCGUACGAUGACUAAAAGAGGUGAAAAGAUAACCAAAAACAUUACUGUUAAUGUCUGUACGUUGAAAUAUUCUGGACACACAUAGGAAAGCCAUUGACUGUAGAUCUGCUGUACAUGUUAUCUACUGUCUGUCGCCUGUUUUCAACUACUAUUACUUCUUUUCCAAAUGCUUUAACUGUUCAAAAUGAUUCAAAAUUAAUUAAAAAAAACAGCAAUAUGUAUAGCAGUGUUUGUUAAUUUAAAUGAAUAAUAAUAAAAAAUAAUAAUUUUCAACC